GCCAGUUUCGUUCCGCGCGCUGUCGGGUAGCGUCGUGUGUCACAUCGCGUUUAUUUACGAUAACGCUGUGCAUUUAUCUACUGUACAGCUGAUUGUUAUAGUGCUAAGUUUCGUCUACGACAGGGUCCACAAUACAGCCCCUUUUCGCUUUUGGAUAUAACAGUGAAACCGGCGAAUCACGUUACGAAAAUACCAAGACAAGAUCGAAUAUAAAAAUAUACGCUUCGCCAAGACCCGUUGUGCCGCGUGUGACUGAUCGAUACUUUAAAAUGAUAACAUGGAUUCAAUGAGGUGUUGUUUACUGAGUCAGUGAGGAGCAGAGUGUCCCCGCGAGGACGACGGUUCUGCGGCGCCGGCCUGCAAGCGAUGUGAUGUGGGCGGCGUGCUUGUGCGUGGCGGCGCUGGCGGCGGCGGCGGCGGCGGCGGGGGCGCCUCGCUGUGAAGACAUCACCAUCCCCAUGUGCCGCGGCGUGGGCUACAACCGCACCUCCUUCCCCAACCAGCUCGACCAUGACACGCAGGAGGAGGCCGGACUUGAGGUGCACCAGUACUGGCCGCUGGUGGAGAUCAAGUGCUCGCCGGACCUGAAGUUCUUCCUGUGCUCGGUGUACACGCCCAUCUGCCUGGAGGAGUACGCGGCGCCGCUGCCGGCGUGCCGCAGCGUGUGCGAGCGCGCGCGGGCCGGCUGCGCGCCGCUCAUGAGCAAGUACGGCUUCAGCUGGCCCGAGCGCAUGGCGUGCGAGCGCCUGCCGCGCUACGGCGACCCCGACCAGCUGUGCAUGGACGAGGGCGAGCGCGCCGCCGCGCCGCCGCCGCCCGCCCAGCCGCCGCGCAAGCACAAGAACACGCACUGCAAGGACCCAAAAAACUGCCCCGGCGCUGCGGGCGGCGCGGUGGUGGCGGCGGGCGGCGGCGGGGGCGGGGGCGCGGGCGCGGGCGCGGACUGCGCGUGCAGCUGCCGCGCGCCGCUGCUGCCGGCGCCGGGCGCGCUGCUGGCGGCCGGCUCGCUGCGCCUGCCCGACUGCGCGCUGCCGUGCCGCGGGCUGUGGUCGCGCGAGGAGCGGCAGUUCGCCGCCGUGUGGGUGGCGCUGUGGGCCGCCGUGUGCGCCGCCAGCACGCUCGCCACGCUCACCACGUUCCUCAUCGACUCGCAGCGGUUCAAGUACCCGGAGCGGCCCAUCGUGUACCUGUCGGCGUGCUACCUGAUGGUGGCGCUGGGCUACCUGGCGCGGCUGGCGCUGGGCCACGAGGCGGUGGCGUGCGACGGCGCGGCGCUGCGCGUGUCGGCGCCGCCGCCCGGCGCGUGCACGCUCGUGUUCCUGCUCGUGUACUUCUUCGGCAUGGCGUCGUCCGUGUGGUGGGUGGUGCUGUCGUUCGCGUGGUUCCUGGCGGCGGGGCUCAAGUGGGGCAACGAGGCGAUCGCGGCGCACGCGGCGUGGUACCACCUGGCGGCGUGGCUGGCGCCGGCCGCGCAGACCGUGGCCGUGCUGCUGGCGGGCGCAGUGGACGGCGACGCGGUGGCCGGCGUGUGCUCGGUGGGCAACUCCUCGCCGGAGCACCUCACGCGCUACGUGCUGGCGCCGCUGGUGGCGUACUUCGCGCUCGGCGCCACGUUCCUGCUGUGCGGGUUCGUGUCGCUGUUCCGCAUCCGCUCGGCCAUCAAGCGGCAGGGCGGCGCGGGCGCGGGCUCCAAGGCCGACAAGAUCGAGAAGCUCAUGAUCCGCAUCGGCGUGUUCAGCGUGCUGUACGCGGUGCCGGCGGGCGCGCAGCUGGCGGGGCUGGCGCUGGAGGCGGCGGGGCGCGAGGCGUGGCUGCGGCGCGCGGCGUGCUCGGGGGCGGGCGAGGGAUGCACGGGGCACGCGCCGCCCUACGCCGCGCUCAUGCUCAAGUACUUCAUGGCGCUGGCGGUGGGCAUCACGUCGGGCGUGUGGAUCUGGUCCGGCAAGACGCUGGAGUCUUGGCGGCGGCUGUGGGGCGCGCGCCCGCCGCCGCAGCACCGCGCGCUGGUGAAGGCGGGCGUGUGACCCGCGCCCCCCGCGCCGCCCGCGCCCGCCGCCGCGCCGCCCUCCGCGCCGCGCUCCGUCAACCCGCUGUCGGACUACGGGCCGGUGUAGGCGCGCGCUCUAACAUGUGCCAUUGACUCAGAAGGACGAUGUGUUAAUGUGACGACCUCGCUGCAUGCAGGGAGAGUACCUCCUCGUGCGGCGACCAAAAUAUUCGAUAUACUUAGUGAUACCAGUGACCCCCGCGCCCUUGCGGUGACAUAUACGUAACUAGAUGUAAGCGACCACCAGAUGGCGACUGCCGCAGACUGACCCGGACUCGCCGUGCAGCUCACUGAGCGGGAACGACUCCUCAUUUUACACUUCCCGUUCAUUCAGCUGGAUAAUGAGGACUGUACAAAUAUUGUUUUAUAUAAAAUCGACUUUUGAAAUAAUCAGGAUUCCUGUAUAACUGUCAGAAUUUAUUUUAGUAAGUGAACACUGCCAUCUGUAUUUAUUGUAAAUUAGGACGUAAUUGUUAUUGUAGAUGUAUUGUAUAAGUUGGAGAUGUAGCGGCGGCGCGGCGCUCCGCUCACCAAAGUAUAGAUAUAUGUAUGAAGCCCCGCGCCCCCGCCCACGCCCGCCCGCCCCCGCCGGCGUCAGGCAAGGGCCGUAUACUGAAACAAAGCUGGAAACUAAUAAGCGCUUACUUUUCCGAACCAGCGCUGAUAAGCGUGGGACAAAUAUCCAUCCAUAGUAAUGUAAGCGCUUAUAAGUUUCGAGCUUUUCAGUAUACGGCCAAGUAGAACAUGCCCCUGUGCCGGGUGCGAGAGUUGAUGCUUUACGCAAAAGGAAAGGUUUGCGCGUUCUUAUACACAAUAUACAAUCAAAUCGAUCGAUCAACGAAAUCAAUGCAUGCAUGCAUUCAAUGGUCACUAUUCAGGAAUAAGUACUCCUCUAACGACGAAUAAUAUAUUAUUAAAACGCAAACCUCUUCUUUUCGUAAUUUAUCAAAUUGAACCCUCGGCACGGGCCCCGUGCAUCUUUCAUCUAUUUCAUUUCAUUGUGUAGAACUAUAUUAAUCUCUAUGUAUACCAUAAGUCAUAUUUUCAAAGCUGUAAAUUAUUAACGCUCAAGUAGACAAAUUAAAUGAAAUAGAACAAAGAUGUGAAAACGACUAUUUGUGAAUCUUCAAAUCGCAAGUUUUGUAACAUAUACAAUUUACAUAGGUUAAUAUUUUAAUUUCUGCUGUGAGGAUAAUGUUGUACAUGUAUACAGAGACUUCGUUUUUAUCGCACGAACAAUACUAUUCUAAUUUAUUUUAUAACUAACUGUAGAUAACAAAUAAACGGAACUUUUUAUGUACAAAA